UUUUUCUCCUUCGCGUACUUUGUGCGCAGGUUCGUUUCUCCUUCUGUAGAGUGGAUGUCAUCGGGAUACCAUUGCGCGGUUCUAGGUUGUACGCACAACUACCGAACGAGCUCUGCAGCGUGCACAGAAGCCUCUAAGGCGAGUGCGGGUGCAAUGUUUUGAAGCUUCAUCGCUUUCCGGAUGAGAAGGAACUCCGUCGUCAGUCGUCGGUAAAUCGGGGAGACGUUUGCCCAUCGCCGUACUCCCGAGUAUGCUCGCGGCAUUUCACGGAUGGAGUGCGCGCCGAGACCUCCGUCCCGACUGUCGACAUGGGCUACAGUCGCGAGAAGCAGCCCCGAAACGGCAGUUGCUACCACUUUGGCGUUCUCAAAGGUUCUUCGACUCGCCUACAAAGAAAAAGCGCAGCCCUGGGCAACGAUAGAUCGGUCCUUCCCCAGACACGGCCAGACCACGCAAGAUUCGCUCUAUCCGAAAAGUGGGAGGGACAAGCGCGUCGUGCCGAGCAGAGUCUACUGAGAGCCACAGCGGCACGACAGCAGCAAAAGGCGCAGGACCCCGAAUAUCACGCACGACAGGCAUUGUGUAAGUGCAGAAGGCGUCAAGACCCCCGUGUUUGCAAGGAAAAGGAAACGGAAAGCGUCAACGACUGGCCACAGGCAAGGAUGUGCGGGAGGACGUGGAGGCGGUAGAAUCCAGACGUCGUCGUUCCCUCCGCUGUGGCGACCACCACAUUAGAAGCGUGUCUCGGUCUCAGUUUCUCGCCAAAGAACAUAUUUUGUAAAAGCACACCUACAACUAUACUACUAAAAGCGGAGCUCGUAAAGUAAUUACCCUAAAGCACUUCUUGCGACCAUGCAACAGCUGCCACUGUUGGCGGUUGAUCGCAAUCCACUUUGCGUGGUCAUUCGCAAUUUUUUACGGCGAAGCUGUUAAGGGCCAGUUCCCCACUAUCGUGUCCGCGGACAAGCGGCGUGUCGACGCAUAACUUGAGCCAGUUCACCGUCGCCCUCACUCACGUACGACGAGGAGAGUCGCCCGUUGUGUUCUUUGCCGUCUCUCCAUCAACGCUGUCGGCAAUGGAGGCUUAUCGGUCCAUUGUACCGUCGCGCAGCUUCACGUUCUUCCCCCGCGUCAGCGGCCACCUGCGUUUGUGACAUCGAGCACGCCCGUGAUUGGCACGGCCCUACUAGACUGAAACGUCAUCGUCUCACCUUCUAAUCGUGUGGAUCCUGUGUCCCGUGACGUCGAGAUCGCUCUAGUUCCUUAUCGGUUGCCCUUUGGACUCGCGAUGGGUCGGCCGCGUCGUCUUCGUUCGGAGCAAGAAGAGGAGGAGCGCAAGGAGCGGCGACGUGCGCAGCAGCGCGAAUGGCUGCGCAACAAACGCCGCAGAGCCGCUAUCGCCUCGAGUUCCACUGCGUCUAGUAGUUCCGAAUCUCUCGCGAGAGAAGAGAGGAUUGCCCGCCUGGAACGCCGCCGAGAACAGAACCGGGAGUGUAAACGGCGCCGGCGGGCCAAUGCCACGGACGAGGAUCGUGCCAGGGAAGCCGAGCGCAAGCGCCAGGCCCGGCGACGACAGGUCGCCACGCCGGCUCAACAGUUCCCAGGUGCGACGGCCAGGUUCUGGAGGGAGUUCAUGGAGGACCCGUUCGGCGUCACGUGCGACAGAGGGGACUUUGGCCCGGAUCAGUUGCAGAUGGCCCCAAGGAGGACCAGCGGGGAAGAGGAGAACAAUGGUGUGCAGGAUGAAGUGGAAGAAAGCAUACUGCCGGACGAUGGACCAGGCUGGGGUGGAUCCAGUGGUGAGAGUACCAUUUCAGCCAACACCAUCAAGACAGAACCACCAGAUUAUGUCGAAGAGGACAAAGAGCCCGGCCGCCAUCUUGCGUCCGUGAAGUCGGAGCCGCAAGACGCGACGGAAGUUUGCACCGAGGAGGUUCCCGUGGGGGCCGGGGUGGACGGCUCCGUUGGCAAUGGCACGAUGGCAGCUGUGACUAUCAAGACGGAGCCACCCGAAUAUGUGGACCAGGACGAAGAGCCUAGCUGCCAUCCUGUGUCUGUUAAAUCAGAGCCAGAAUAUUACGAGGAAGUUCGGGAACCUGGGAACCCAGUGCCAGCUCUGACGGAAGGUGAACCACCAGAUCGCAUGGACGUGACAAAGGUUACGUUCCACACAAAUGCAGAGCCGCAGGUUUCCCAAGAGGCCCAGCAACGUGGCAACGCAGCAGUGGCCGUCAAGAUUGAGCCUCAAGAUCCGACGGGAGUCGACGAUUCAGUGCUUCCCAUGGAGACAGGGGUGGAUGGUUCCAGUGGCAAUGGCGCGAUGGCAGCUGUGACUAUCAAGACGGAGCCACCCGAAUAUGUCGAACAGGACGAAGAGCCGAGCUGCCAUCUUCUGUCUGUCAAAUCAGAGCCAGAAUAUUCCGAGGAAGUUCGGGAACCUGGGAACCCAGUCCCAGCCCUGACGGAAGGUAUCUUCUCAAUGACAUUUCUUUCUGCAAUGGGAACAUUUAGUCAGAAUGCGACGUCUUGUGUCGUAUUGUUUUCCCCGCCAGGUGAACCACCAGGUCGCAUGGACGUGACAAAGGUUACGUUCCACACAAAUCCAGAGCCGCAGGUUUCCCAAGAGGCCCAGCAACGUGGCAACGCAGCAGUGGCCGUCAAGAUUGAGCCUCAAGAUCCGACGGAAGGCGACGAUCAGGGGCUUCCCGCGGAGACUGGCCUGGGUGGGGCAGCUCCGAAGCAGUCCCAGCCAGAUGCAGUCCCCGUGCAUCCCACUGGCCCGCAUCCCGUCCUGGCCCGGCCACCACAGGGGGUCGUCCCCCCCGUCUCGGACAGAGCACAGCCGCGGGUGAAGGUCGUCUACUUCCGCAAGGUGGAGCGGGGCAUUGCCACGCAGCCCGUGGUGACGACUCUGCCGGUCGCGGCGCUGCAGUCCCUCCUGGCGGCCGAGUCCCCACAGCCGGGCGUCGUGCCAGUCUGGCUUCCUGGUUCCGGUCCGGGUGCAGCAUCGUUGCGAGAAGUCGAGCAACGUCGGGUCCACGUGGAUCCGAUACUCCCAAUGCAGCCACCUCGGCACGCAGCCUCUGCCGUCUGUGAACCUCGGGAAGACCUAGUCCACAAGGUGGAGCAGUCCUAGCAGCCAGUCAUCGCGACAAAGUUGUGGCACCGUUGUGGUUCGGGAAGUCGCGGGUCCCCAAAACGGCAAGAGUGAGCUCGACCAGUUCGGCAAGCUCUUCACUGGCGGCUUGGACUGCAGUACGACAGACUCCAAGGCUGCUUUGAGUAGUCACGAGGUGUCUUUGUGCAGCUACGAACUUGACGUCGAUGCGCCAAAAGAGGCCCGUGCAAGAUGGAGCGGCCUGCACCAAGGCUUUCGUGGACGCAGUGCCCGUCGGGAUGUCUCAUUGCAUGUCUGUGUGCUGGGUUAGCAACUGAGUGCGACACAGUUGAGCUUAUUUGAACUCUUUUUCAUAUUCAUUGAUUGUACAACCAUUUUCAUUUUGUGAAUUCAUUACAGUGAUGGAGGCAGCAUUUGACCUUUUGUGUAGCAGGCAAAGCUUUUCUAUGGAGCAACUGCCGAUGCUUUUGGAGCAGACGCCAACGUCUGUUAGCACAUCGCUUGGAAAUGAAACUCCGGAAGGCAUUCCAACUCCGGAAGGCAUCCCCACCUAUCCAGACUUUGGCCUGCGCAAGCCUUCAGAUUUUCAAAAGUUGAAAGGAUCGACCUACGUUAGUGUAAAUACUUAUGGUAAAGCUUUUUAUACGAAGAAUACUCGAAGAAAAAAAACGAGUUCGAUCAAUAUGUUUUAUUGGCGUCUGCGAGAAAAAUGGGAAAACCGCAUUCACAUGAGACACAUUAUCUUUUUCACUCAUGUGCUCUAUUUGACUUUAGAAUCAUGACCUCCUCGAAUUGUUUAUCUGACAUCAGUUCAAUCGGCAGUUUAGUAGCAAUACUGUAUUUGCACGAAUAUAACGCGAGUAUUUUUACGAAAUUACGUGCUCCAAAACGCACCUCGUGUUAUAUUCGGAAUUGACCCCGUCAGUGAUGACGUCACAACUUGGCGUCUGGGUCCAAACAAACCGUUGCUAGGGGCGUUGCUAUGGACUAAUACAUGGAGACUCCACACGAGGCUGGAUUUUCGCUUAUAAGUAAGUAAAUAAUUUCUUUUGUAAGCAACCUAACUUCUUGAUAUCUAAUUAUGAAGAUGUUCUUGUCAUCUCAGCGUCGUAUUGCAACGAUGAAAGCCAUUUCUGAAGUAUUCCACUCCGUUUUGCUUUGGUAGCAGACGACACGAUAGAUUUGCUGGCCUCUGUUGCAGCCGGCGUCUUCAUUCGAGCAACACAAGCAAGUGCAUGGCCGCAGAGGCCUCCGCAAUAUGCGUUUCUUUCUGUGAAGAACCCAGCUUAGUUCAGAGGGGCGAAAAUUAUGUAAAAUCAAACCACAUUAUGCAGAUCAGUUACGACGACGACCUGAAGUGCGUUACCGGCGUAGUGCAGGCCAGCAUGAGAAACAAAUCGUACGCCGUCGAGGUAAGUCGUUUGUUAUUAUUAUUGAGGUUGUCAGGUUAUUAAAGAUUUGCAUGUCUAUCGGAAUUUCACAUUCGUUUUUAUACAUUAAAUUUAGGGGAUGUGCUCUUUCGGUGAAGGUCUCCAUCGAACCAGCGAUGAGAGUACAAUCUGUAAUAAACUCACCUUAUGUUUU